AUGCUGCAAGCGCUUCCUGCAGAAACACAGAACUUAGGAUCUCCAAGCAAAACUGCUAGCAGCCUUCUUAGCACACCAUGUGUGAAACAUACAGAUUCAGAAUCAUCGAACAAGACUGCGAGCGGCUCCUACUUUUCGCCCGGGAAGGUGCCAACAUCUGACAGCGAAGCGGCACCCGAAUUGGAAGAAACUGACCCCUCUCUGCUGGACAAAUAUUUUAAUGUCCAAGAAAAAAAGCUCUUAGAGCUUUCAACCUCAGCAGCCAUUGAUGGGGCUUACGACAGCAGAGGCCACAGUGCGGACUUCGGCAAAGUCCUCGCCAUUGAUCUGAAACUGGACUAUACGUGCAUACUGAAGCUGUGCACCGGUCAGAAACAGGUUGCGCCAGAGAAGAACCCAUCUCACUCGGGAACUCAAAUUAACAUUGUAGGUGGUAAGAGUGGACGCAUGGGGAAAGCCGGCUUCCACCGCAUACUGCGAUGGUUUAGAUCAAUGAAUGUUCCAAUUCACUCGAUCUCCACCGAUCGCAGUUACGCGUUCAAGACAGAGAUUGAGUCGUACAACGCUGAAUAUGGAGAUCAGGAUGCGUUCUGGAAAGACAUCGCACUGGCUAAUCCCUAUGGUGGGACUAGCCAGUGCGAGUCCAAAAACUCACUGGAUCGUAUCUAUGGUCCAAAAGAAGUCUACCUGCCAUCCUCCACAUACUCUCUCUAUGCGAAAUUGUCGUCACUGCACAAAAACGCCUUACGAAUAGCAGAAUUGGAUGGGGAAAGAGUAGUACAACGAUGA